GUCAGCGAGUGUAGGCUGCUCAGUUCCCUAAGUUCUCCAGUCAGUGAAAGUUGAUUGCCACCAUACUAUAUCCAAAGAAGAUACAGAUUUCGAAAUCCCAGAUAUAAAUUCUGCCCGCUAAGUCCGUUUAAUCAGCGAAUUAGAGCCGCCGUCCCGCGAGUGUUUCUCAGUGUUUUUUUGGUGUAGCUCGAAGGAACUCUUUGUUUUUCUAUCCUGAAAGCCACGUCGGUGCCUCGUCGCCCCCGCACACAGUCAAAGUGAAUUAUCUAAAGCAGUAUAUCGACGAUAUCCGCAGGAUUAUCGAGGAGAAAAUGGCUCUCAAUCCGAACGGGUAUAAACUGUCCGAGAGGACGGGCAAGCUGACUGCCUAUGAUCUCAUGCCCACCACAGUGACCGCUGGUCCGGAGACACGGGAGUUCCUGCUGAAGGUAAUCGACGUUCUGCUGGACUUUGUGAAGGCCACAAACGAUCGGAACGAGAAGGUCCUGGACUUCCACCAUCCCGAGGACAUGAAGCGCCUCUUGGACCUCGAUGUUCCCGAUCGCGCUCUGCCACUGCAGCAGCUCAUCGAGGAUUGUGCCACGACAUUGAAAUAUCAAGUCAAGACGGGACAUCCCCACUUCUUCAACCAACUGUCCAACGGUUUGGACCUGAUUUCCAUGGCCGGCGAGUGGCUGACGGCCACGGCCAAUACCAACAUGUUCACCUACGAGAUUGCGCCGGUUUUCAUCCUGAUGGAGAACGUGGUGCUGACCAAGAUGCGCGAGAUCAUCGGAUGGUCCGGCGGAGACUCUAUUUUGGCCCCCGGAGGCUCCAUCUCCAAUCUGUACGCCUUCCUGGCGGCUCGCCACAAGAUGUUCCCCAACUACAAGGAGCACGGCUCGGUGGGCCUGCCCGGAACUUUGGUGAUGUUCACCUCCGAUCAGUGCCACUACUCGAUCAAGUCGUGCGCCGCCGUCUGCGGCCUGGGAACCGAUCACUGCAUCGUGGUGCCCUCCGAUGAGCACGGCAAGAUGAUCACCUCGGAGCUGGAGCGGCUGAUCCUGGAGCGCAAGGCCAAGGGGGACAUCCCCUUCUUCGUCAACGCCACUGCCGGCACCACUGUCCUGGGGGCCUUCGAUGACAUCAACACGAUCGCCGACAUCUGCCAGAAGUACAACUGCUGGAUGCACAUCGAUGCUGCCUGGGGCGGUGGUUUAUUGAUGUCCCGAAAGCAUCGUCAUCCAAGAUUUACUGGAGUUGAGCGCGCCGACUCGGUCACCUGGAAUCCCCACAAGCUCAUGGGAGCCCUGCUCCAAUGCUCGACGAUCCACUUCAAGGAGGAUGGCCUCCUCAUCAGCUGCAACCAGAUGUCGGCGGAGUACCUCUUCAUGACCGACAAGCAGUACGACAUCAGCUACGACACCGGCGACAAGGUGAUCCAGUGCGGCCGGCACAACGACAUCUUCAAGCUGUGGCUCCAGUGGCGGGCCAAGGGCACCGACGGCUUCGAGCAGCAGCAGGACCGCCUCAUGGAGCUGGUCCAGUACCAGCUGAAGCGGAUCCGGGAGCAGUCCGACCGCUUCCACCUCAUCCUCGAGCCGGAGUGCGUGAACGUCUCGUUCUGGUACGUGCCCAAGCGGCUAAGAGGAGUGCCCCACGAUGCCAAGAAGGAGGUGGAGCUGGGAAAGAUCUGUCCCAUCAUCAAGGGCCGCAUGAUGCAGAAGGGCACGCUGAUGGUGGGCUACCAGCCGGACGACCGGCGACCCAACUUCUUCCGCUCGAUCAUCUCGUCGGCGGCGGUCAACGAGGCGGAUGUGGACUUCAUGCUGGACGAGAUCCAUCGCCUGGGCGACGACUUGUAAGGGGUUUCAUGCCGUUUCGGAUCGAUUGGGAUUGGCAAUGACAGGUGGCGCAACCAAGAAGUAUCAUUUAGGUAAAAGCAUAUCACGAGACCGCAAUGAGGAAACCCAGAAACAGAAAUUUUCGAGAGAGCAGGGGAUUGAGAUUGGGAUCCCCCGGUAAUCAUCAGAGUUCAAUGUUGAAUGUACAUUUGUUUGUAUCUAUAACGUGUUGCUAGAUGUUCCUUUACGAUUUCUCAUCCCGUUAUCUGUUAACCGUUAUUCGUUAACCGUCGUUAUCCGUUCGUCCCGGAGUUGGAACAAAAAAAAAAAACCAGAGAACUAUGUAUAAUCGAGGCGUUUCAUUUCCGUUCGUUGGCAACUAUAUCUAAAUCGGAGGACAGGCAGGAGAAUCUAUAAGUAAUAUUUGAAUAUCUAUAUGUAUAACGCAAUUAGCGAUAGAAUUCAGAGCAUAGAAGCCACCGCUACUCACACGCACCACCAGAAAACACGGAACAGUCCCAGCCCCCAAAAACCAAAACCAAAUACUACGAAAUAUACGAUAUAGAAACUGUUGGAACGCUAUCUUAACAUAUCAGGUAAAGAAGAAGAGGAGUCGAGGACUUUAGUUCAAUUCGUUGAUUUAGCUUCGUUUGCAAAUAGUUAAUGUUUUCACAUAUAUGAGUAUCUAUGGCCAUGCGUACCUUUAUAAAAUAAACGAGAUCGAAAGAGACCUGUGCUUGUUAAAUGUAUAGUCAAAAACCAAAGAGAGGGGAUCUGAGCUCCAGAUCCUGUUUAGUCCAUGUAUCAAACUGUGCUAUAUAUAGAGACAUGAAUACGUAUAAUCGAAUUAGUUGGAGUUUACUUUCCAGCAAGUGGCUGACUAAAAAAAUAUAUAUGCCCGGUGUCAAUUAAACUCAAUUACGAAUGUUGGAAAGUUCUGUUUUCAGUUAAGUUUCAAUCAGUUGUAAGUCCAGGAAGGUUGGAAUGGAAAUCCUUAAUCAGAAGAACACAAUCAGACACAUAACAUUCCACCUGUGCAAGAAACUCGUUUGUCAAUUCAGCAAGAUUAAUGGUAUAAAAAUAAAUUAAACAUAUAUUGUAUUUUAAAGCGUGUUAUCUAAGUUUAUCCAGCUUCACGCUCAUUUUAUGUAUGUAUAAAUUAAUGUAUAUGUAUUUGCAGAGAUCCAAAAAUCAAAACCAGAACAAGAAUUAUUCCAACAUCUAUAUAAAUGCAAAUGAAUAUAUUAUAUAUAUAUGGGUAAAUAAAAUAAAAGUAACCAAA